UCUGAUCGCACUUCGUCUCGAAACUAGGACUGUAAAAAAAAAAAAAAGAAGAAAAACAACAACAACAACAGAAAAGCAAAGAGAUCCGACUUCGCUUCAACCUCAACACUGACGAGAAACAUGAAAGCAAUAAGCCCCGUGCGAUCCUUCCGGAAAAGCAGCGGCGUGAAUUACUCGGAGCACUCGCUGGGAAUCUCUCGGAGCAAGACCCCGGUGGAUGACCCGCUCAGCCUGCUCUACAACAUGAACGACUGCUACUCCAAGCUGAAGGAGCUGGUGCCCAGCAUCCCGCAGAACAAGAACGUCAGCAAGAUGGAAAUCCUGCAGCAUGUCAUCGACUACAUCCUGGACCUGCAGAUCGCGCUGGACUCUAGUGUCGCACUCACCAGCCUGCAUCACCCUGCGCGGCCGGGGCAGGCGGCGUCCAGGAGCCCGCUGACCACCCUCAACACAGACAUCAGCAUCCUGUCAUUACAGUCCCCGGAGUUGCCGUCAGAGCUGCGGACAGAUGACAGCCGGACUCUGCAUCGUUAAAGCGGUGUUUGGUCAGGACGCACGAGGAAGAAAAAAAAGAAAAAAGAAAAAACGCAGGACCUGGGGAGCAGGACUUUCUCACCCCCUCUGCCCCCCUCCUCCUCUUCUGUCCUCUGUCCUCUAGCCCUGGAUU